AUGUCCUUUAUUGGUCCGCUCCUGAUUCUAGGUGAUCUGGCAAUAUGGUCAACACCAUUGCAAGUAAUUCAUAUUUUGGGAAACUUUAUGAGAAUUUGGUCUGUUUACUCCUUGUAUAGCCACCUAUCCAACGGUGGAGAUUCAAUAGUUGGCUUUAUCUUCAGUUGUCUUGUACCCACUUCAAUCAUAUUCUUGGUCCUACAGAAGCCUUGGAAAGGCCGGCCUUUGCCCAACUCACAGGUUGUUCCUACAGUUGUCAAUGGAGGAAUCCUGGCAUUCUACUUUGUGUUAUGGGGUAAAGGACUUCUUGCUUGUGGACCACUAGUUGCUCUACUGGCAGAGUAUGCAGGUGCUGUUCUUGGAGUUCUCUCUGCUGCUUUAUAUGGAAGGAAAGUUAACAUCUGGAAAAAGAUUGGUGGACUUGCUGCUAUGCUGGUAGCAUAUUAUCUCUUGUCAAAUGGAUGGUCUACAAGAACACAUUCUCCUUUAUAUAGCUUCGGAAGUGAACCAGUGGAGAAGGCAAGACAAAAUAUUGGAGUGAAAGAAAUGGUGGUGCCAAUUACCGCUGGGAUCUUAUCUGCUUUGAGGAGAGUAUUAGCUCGGCGUGUUUCUCUCAAGAAUCAACUUAAAAGGCGGCUCCAUGCUAUAACUAUUGCUUCUGCUACUUGUUUUCUUUUUCCGUUUGCCAUGUGGGAUACAAUCCUAGGCUCGGCAUCUGACAGCAUAGUUAAAUUUCAACUACCAAGUUGGGCAUACUUGAGUACUGUUUUGUUUGGAAUGGUGCUUAUAUUCUAUGUUGACAAUGUUGCUGAAGAAAAGUUGCAUCUGGUCUUCUCUUCUCCAAGGCACUUAAUGGUUUCAACAGGUUGCAUCAUCGUGUUGGAGAUAGUGUACCAAAUGGAUUUCUCCCUUUUAGGAUUUCUGGUCUGUUCUGUUAUUUUGGGAUUCGGUAUUUUUGAAGCAACCUCCUUGGAUCGCUCAAAGAAAAGCCCUUUAGAGACCCAUGAACUAUCGAAUGGGGUGUUCCACAAUCAAUUGCCGAUUUCAGAACUUCCAAGCUGA